AUGAGGGUGGCGUCACGACACGGCAGCCGCUACUUCGUUACCUUCACUGAUUUGGGAACGAGGCACACGUGGGUGACGGAGCUGAAAGAUAAGGCAGAAGUGUUUCCUAGCUUCGUGACUUGGAUGGCGGAAGCAGAGCGGCAAAGUGGGAAGGUGCUGAAAGUUUUGAGGACAGAUAAUGGCGGGGAGUUUACCGGAAAGGUCACGAUCACCCGGGAUGUUGUCUUCUACGAGGAGGUGAACUACCUGCAGUGGAAGGGAGUAGAUAAAGAGAUUGCAGCAGCAGGGACAGCAACUACACCAGAUAAGGUGGAGGAUCUUUUGGAGGAGAAGGAGAGUGAAGGAGUUGGAGAUGAAGGAGAUGAGGAACUCGAAGAUGUGGAACGGGCAGAUUCAGUUGAUUGGGUGUGGGAGAAGGCACCAACCAGUGAAGCGGAUGAAAUCAAUGGAGUGGAGAUAGAAGGGGAGCAGCCAAGCAAUGAAGUAGCUGAGGGUGGCAUUGAUGAAGUGGCUGGAGAAGAGGGAGAUGAAGAAUCAGCGGCUGAAGGAUAUCAUGAUCCUUGGAAGCUUCUAAACAGUGAUGACAGCAAUGCCAAGAUGAAAGAGAUAAAGGACUUACUUGAGGAGGGCGCCAUCGUGAUUGGAUGGGAAGUGAAGGAUGGAGAAGGGAAAGCAUUGGCGGAUUCUAGUGAGGAUUAG